AUGAAAGUCUUGGUUUUCUCGAUCUUUAGUCUUUCUGCGGCCUUGCCAGCAUCAGCUGGUACCCCCAAGUACGACGAGGACCUCGGCUGCUGGCCAAUCAGCGUCGAGCGUGACGCCACCUACUGCAUCGACGGGCCCGUCUGCAGCGGCGAAGGCUCGUCGCCUGCCGGAUCCUCGUGCCCUGUCAAAGGUGAUGUGGCGAUCGCCGACUGUGACUCGAAUGUCACUCGCGACAGUGUCGGCGACUACUGCGAGCUGUCAGUCGACACUCCCGUCUGUGAGGUCAUUCACACGGGGGCCUGGGGAUGCGUCAUCCCAACAAACGACCACGCCGACGCUUCUAAACAUAACCGUCCGCACCACCGUAACUCGCGCGACCGUAACUCGCACGACCGUAACUCGCAUCACCGUAACUCGCACCGCGGUGCCCAUCACCACCGUAACUCCCACUACGGUAACUCCAAAGACCGACACUCCCACCAUGGCGAUGACUCCCACUACGGUAGUCAGAACCAAGACUCGUCCUACUAUAACAGCGACAGUGGCAGCUACAUCCGCGGCAGCUACGAAGGUGAUGACGAACACAACAACGGCCACCACAUGAGCGAUCGACAAAACAGCGACAGCUAUGGAGAGGGUAAGUACAACAGCGGGGACCACACGAGCGAUCGACAAAACAGCGACAGCUAUGGAGAGGGUAAGUACAACAGCGGGGACCACAUGAGCGACCACCACCACAACAGCAACAACCACAACAGCAACAGCUACGGAGAGAACGAGUACACCAAUUACGACGGCGAGAACGACAACAAGGCCAAGAACGACGAUCACAAGAACAACAACAACGACAAGAACGACGAUGACGACAAGAAGAACAACAGCGACAGAUACGAAGGUGGCCACCCACCAGCGACCACCACAAGAGCGGUGGCUAUGGAGAAGGUAGCUACAACGGUGACCACCACAACAGCGGUAGCUACGAAAAGUGGUAGCUACAACGACGGUCCCUAUAUCCAAGGCAUAAACGGAUACCUUUCCAUCAACAUGUAUUCCAACUCAUUUUUCGACAAGCUUCCGACUACGAAACUGUCGGGACGCAGUAGGUCGAUGAGGACAGACACAUUCGUAUAG